GGCCAAAGGGAAGUGAGAUGGCAUCCACCAAAUGGCCCACGUGAUUCCAGAAAGUCUUUAAGUCCAAGAACAAAUAAAUACGUACAUGAGAGCUAGAGUUGGGAACCCCGAUCAGAUAGUAAACAAUCUGCGGAAGGAUAUCAACCAUUAGCUCUUUCGAUGGCUUCUUCUUCUUCUUCUUCUUCUUCUUCCUCUUCAAAUCUGAAAAGGUAUUACCAUGUGUUCCUGAGCUUCAGAGGCACGGAUGUCCGCAAGGGCUUCCUUGGUCAUCUCUAUGCCGGUCUGGAACAAAGAGGAUUACACACUUUUGUAGACAGGGAGGAGCUCAGGAAAGGAGAGCAAAUAUCGCCGGCACUUAAGAAGGCGAUCGAGGGGUCGCGUGCUGCGAUCAUCGUUUUCUCCAAGAACUAUGCUUCCUCGCGGUGGUGCUUGGAAGAGUUGGCCAGAAUUAUGGAGUGCAAGGAGCAAAGAGACCUCAAGGUCUUUCCCGUGUUUUACAAAGUCGAACCCAGAGAAGUGAGAACACCGAGAGGGACUUAUAGAGAAGCUAUGGCUGAACAUGAGUCCAAAUUCGGGAAGGAUUCGCAGGAAGUGAAGAGAUGGAAGAAGGCGCUCUGCGACGCCGGUAGCCUGUCCGGGUGGGAUUUCCUUGAGGGAGAUGAAGCGAAGCUCAUACAAUGCAUCGUGAAGGAAUUAUCAAUUCAUCUAGUGCGUGCACCCUUACAUGUCGCCAAGUAUCCGGUCGGAAUAGAUUCCCGAGUCCAAAAACUGAAAUGGUUGUUACAAAAGAAGUGGGGUGAUGAAGAUGUUCUCAUGAUAGGUCUAUGGGGACUUGGAGGAAUAGGGAAGACAACAAUUGCUAAAGCCAUAUAUAAUGCUAUUGAGAGUCAAUUUCAGGGUUGUAGUUUUUUGGCGCGAGUUAGAGAAAGUCCGGACAAAAGCAAUGGUCUGGUUGCUUUGCAAGAAAAACUUCUAUAUGAGAUACUAUCUCGAGGAGAUUUAACAGUAUAUAGUGUUGAUGGAGGAAUCAAUUUGAUACAAGAAAGACUUUGUUGCAAAAAGGUUCUCCUGGUUCUUGAUGAUAUUGACCACCUGGAUCAACUGAAUGCGUUAGCUGGAGAAGCCCAUUGGUUUGGCAAAGGAAGUAGAAUCAUUGUUACAUCAAGAGAUAAACAUGUGCUAACUUCUCAUGGCAUAAAUUUUGUGUAUAAAGUUGAAACUUUAGAUGACAAUGAAGCACGAGACCUUUUUGGUCGGCAUGCCUUUCGAAGUAGCAAGAAAGUUGAGAUAACAAGGGAUCUCAUAAAUAGAGCGGUGCGUUAUGCUAACGGCCUGCCGUUAGCCCUUGAAGUGUUGGGCUCGUUCUUAUGUGGAAGAGAGGAGCCUGCAUGGGAAAGUACACUGGAUAAACUCUCCGGAAGUCCCGACCAAACUAUCAAUCGAAUUCUCAAGAUAAGCUUCGAUGGAUUGGAUAACAACGAAAGGGAGAUUUUCCUUGAUAUUGCAUGCUUCUUCAAGGGGAAAAGUAUAGAACACACCACAGAAGUUCUUGACAGCUGUGAUUUUGCUACAACUAUAGGAAUAGAAGUUCUCAUCGAGCGGUCCUUGAUAAUAGAAGAGCAUGGGACCCUGCAAAUGCAUGAUUUAAUUCAAUUGAUGGGUAAGGAUGUUGUUAAUCAAGAAUGCCCCGAUGAUCCUGGGAAACGCAGAAGAUUAUGGAUUUUUGAAGAUGUCGUGGAAAUUCUAUGUGAAGACACGGGAACGAAUGCAAUAAAGGCCAUAGUAUUGGACUUCCCCAGGUUGGAAGACAUAACUAUCAGCCCCGAUGCUUUCACAAACAUGAAAAGAUUGAGAAUGCUCAUUUUGCUUGAAGUGCAUGUCUCUUCACAAGGUCCUGUACGUCUCCCUAACGAGCUAAGAUGGCUUAAAUGGCCCAAUGCGCCAAAUCUAGAAUUUGGCUCUGGUCCUAAGAAGCUUGUGCGACUUGAUCUUCACAGAAGUCGUAUCAAACAAUUAGGAGGCCCGCUUAAGAAUUUUAGAAAGUUGAAGUCCAUAGAUUUCGGUGAAUGCAAGUCCCUCGCUAGCGUUCCCGACCUUUCAGAGGCUCCAAAUCUGGAGAGCUUGAAUCUUGAUGGGUGCAAAAGCUUGGUGGAGGUUCAUCAAUCUGUCGGAUAUCUUAACAAGUUAAGGGACUCCCGAAGAUGGGUAGUGUUGAAAUUCUCCUAAUUGAAGGAGAGAUGCCAGAAUGGUUUCUCCCCUGUGAAAAAGGCUGCUCAUCUUUUGUGGUUCCCAAAAACUUGUCUCACAAGUUCAAAGGACUAGCACUCUGUGUCGUUCUUGGCGUGGAGAAAGGAAAAGUGGUCAAUGAUUCAUGUGAGAUCCAACUAUCUGUUAAUGGCCAAAGGGUCAUUUGGCAACGGAAACACUUCUAUUCAUUGGAAUCGGAUCAUGUACGCCUUCUAUAUUUCCCGCGAAGUAUGCUGAAUGUGACAUCCAAACGUCAAAACCAAUUCGAAAUUUGCCUCAGCCCAUCGGAAGGAACCUUUGAAAAGUGUGGAUUCCGCCCAAUAUGCGAGCAACAGAAAGAUGAUAUGAGGGUUGUGCUCUAGCACCAUCAGCCGAAUGGAUGCCUGAGGACAGACUUAGAAGAAGACAACUCAAUAGAAACUGAAGAAGAAUAUAGUCCUAGUGAAACAGAUGCAGAGGAAAGCUGAUCAACUUAAACAAAGAAGAGAAGAUGGUCUUAACUAUGGCGAGACUAUGGGAUCCACUCAGCACCAACCUAUCAUGAGUGUUGGCUUGCGAAACAUACCUGUUGAAUCGGUCACAACUUGCUGAGGAAGUGAUUCUCGGAGAAGAGAGCUAGGUGAUUUCGAUUCCACUGACUUUUGCUUUUCCCCUUUUUCCGUCUCUGCUAGAAACUUUCGAAUGUCUGCACCUUCAAUUGAAAUUCAAAAUCACUAUCGAAAACAGGUUUCGCAUCAUGCUACUGACAUGGUUCAGGAACUUUUCUU